AUGCAACGCAAGUCCGAGGCCUUACAGCAGGUCAUGCCAAACUCGACUCUACCUCCGCUGGACAACUAUUUUUCGCUGGUUCCUCUCGAUACAAGUCAUCGGAAGAGCUCCAGUGUGUUCGGCUACACCACUUGGGUAUACAAGGCGACAUCCUCUAAGAGCGGGAAAACCUAUUGCCUCCGACGUCUUGAGGGCUUUCGGUUGACCAAUGAGCAAGCUAUUCGCUCGGUAAAAGAAUGGCGAAGACUUAACAACGGCAACGUGGUGACCAUCCAUGAUGCCUUUACCACUCGGGCAUUUGGUGACAGCUCUCUCUUCUUCGUUCAAGACUACCACCCUCUAUCUAAGACCCUCGCCGAGCUGCACUUUGCCCAACCGAACACAACCCACGGUACCCGUUUCAGCGCAAAGAACCCUAUUGCGGAGAGUGUCUUGUGGGGUUACGUGUCGCAAAUAGCCAACGCAUUAAAGGCCAUCCAUGCCUUGAACCUGGCUGCCCGUUGCCUCGAUAUGAGCAAAGUCAUAGUCACUGACAAGAACCGCAUUCGGCUAAGCGCGUGUUCCAUACUGGAUGUGGUCCAUUUCGAAGCUCGUCGCCCGGUUCAGGAGCUGCAACAGGAAGACUUGAUCCAGUUUGGCAAGCUGAUACUGUCUUUGGCGACCAAUACGCCACCAAACCAGCUCACCAAUCUGAAAGGAUCGAUGGAACAAAUGAGCCGGGUGUAUUCUAAAGAGAUCACUGAUACUGUCUUGUGGCUCCUAACUCCGGCUCCAGCGGGCGCCACACCCAAGGGGAUCGAAGAAUUCAUUCGGGGCAUAGCGGUUCAUAUGGUGGCCACGCUGGACGCCAGCCUGCAAGAGGCCGACACGAUGAAGUCGGAGCUGUUCCGCGAGUUGGAGAAUGGUCGGCUGGUACGCCUGAUGGCCAAGCUUGGUACCAUCAACGAGAGACAAGAGUUCGAUGGCGACAGAGCAUGGUCAGAAAACGGCGAACGGUACAUGCUGAAGCUGUUCCGUGACUAUGUCUUCCAUCAGGUUGAUGCAAAUGGCAAUCCUGUGGUGGACAUGGGCCAUAUCAUCCGAUGUCUGAACAGGUUGGAUGCCGGCAGCGAUGACAGAAUCUGCCUUACAAGCCGAGACGAGCAGACGAGCUUCGUAGUCAGCUAUAAGGAUCUGAAGAAGCAGCUCGGCAAUGCUUUCGGCGAGCUGCUUAAGGCAGGAAAACAGUCAACGGCCAGAGGAUUCCAAGGGUCCUCUCACUAG